AUGGCCGGAUGUGCAAAACAGCUGAUUAGAGCUCCUAAAAUCAACGUUUUGAACGUUAUACCAGCAAUACCAAAUCACAUAAAUUCGCAGAAAUGCAGUCAAAAUCGAUGUUUGUCGACUCAAAGUACUGCACCAAAAAACAAAGGCAAAUAUGACAUUGCCAUUGUUGGAGGUGGGAUUGUUGGCAUGGCAACUGCCCGACAACUGCUACUAAAUCAUCCAGAAUUAAAGCUUGUUACCCUAGAGAAAGAAGACAGAAUAGCCGCCCACCAGAGUGGGCACAACAGUGGUGUGAUACAUGCUGGCAUCUACUAUACCCCUGGCUCUCUCAAGGCAAAGCUCUGUGUCUCUGGACUCAAAAUGGCUUAUGAAUACUGUGCUAAAAACAACAUUCCUUAUAAAAAAUGUGGAAAGCUGGUAGUUGCCACCAAUGAAGAAGAAAACAGUCGUUUAGGAGGUUUAUUUGAACGAGGGCUCCAGAAUGAGGUGCCUGAUCUCAAGCUAAUUGGUCCAGAUGAGAUUAAAAAAAUAGAACCCUUUUGCAAAGGAUUACGUGCAAUACACUCACCAAUAACUGGUAUAGUUGACUGGGGAGAGGUGACUGUUUCAUAUGGUACAAACUUCAAGAAGCUAGGUGGUGAAAUUAUGACAAACUUUGAAGUGUCAGAUUUCAAAAUGUCUCAGUCAGACCCAGAUUAUCCAGUGACAGUUAUUGGAGCUCAACCUAACCAGGAAAUACAGUGUAAAUAUGUGCUUACGUGUGGGGGACUCCAGGCAGAUAGAAUAGCUGCGAAAUCUGGUUGCAACCCAGAACCCAAAAUUCUGCCAUUCCGUGGAGAUUACUUACUCCUCAAACCAGAAGCUGCCAAAAUGAUAAAUGGAAACAUAUAUCCAGUGCCAAAUCCUAAUUUCCCUUUCCUUGGUAUCCAUUUUACACCAAGGAUGAAUGGAGAUGUCUGGUUAGGUCCCAAUGCUGUCCUGGCCUUUAAGAGGGAGGGCUACAAACUGCUGGACUUCAACGCAAGAGACUUUGUUGAUGCUGUAAGCUUUAGAGGUCUUCAGAAACUGGUGAUGCGUAAUAUGGGAUAUGCCUUCGGGGAGCUUUAUCGAGGCUUCAUGUUUAGUGCAACAGUGAAGGCAUCUCAGAGAUUUGUUCCAGACAUAAGAGUAGAACAUGUCACAAGAGGUCCCUCAGGUGUGAGAGCCCAGGCCUUAGACAGAGAUGGAGGUCUGGUGGAUGACUUUGUGUUUGAUAGUGGGGAGGGGGAACUUGGCAGUAGGAUGUUACACGUGAGGAACUCUCCUUCUCCCGCUGCAACAGCCUCUCUUGCCAUUGGAGAGAUGAUAGCUCAGGAAGUGAAAAAUAAAUUUUUGGUAUGAGAAUGGAUAAUUGCAAUAGCUAUAUCAACAGGAGCUUUAGAAUGUCUCAAAAUAAUUCAGUGCUGGCCUUAUUUGGUCAUAAUUGACUUAGGUAUUAUUAUAUUUGCUCAACAAUCAAUGACUGAUGAUUAAAAAAUCAAUGAAAUUGGAAUAGGCGUAUAUGGCAGUGGAUAGACUUGAUUGAACUUGGUUAUUCAAAAUGAUUCAGAAA